UUAAUUCUCAUCUGUAAGAAGGCUCAGAUUUACAGGUGGAUUUUUGAAAAGCUGUGGCUAACAAUUAGAAAUCCCUUAUCACCACAGCCUGUGGCCCCUUGGAAGCGGUUCGCCUUUCUCAGGACCAGUCCUCUGUCCCCGGGAGCAUCUCUUCAGCAGGAGCUCUUCCAAAGAACAGCUACUCUGUUUUCUAGAUGCCUUCUUGAGCCUGCUUGUGGCCACCCACAGAUACUUGUAAGGAGGAAAGAAGUCAGCUGGCCAGAGACACUGUGAAAUGAGGGAUUAGAGUCCGGGAUCCAAGAAACAAAAGCAGCAGCCAAAAGACAAGCGAGCGGGCUCCGAAGGGACUUCUGUUGAGAGGUCUGCCAUGGCCUCCCUCGGCGUGCAACUGGUGGGCUACGUCCUAGGCCUUUUGGGGCUUUUAGGCACAUCGAUUGCCAUGCUGCUUCCCAACUGGCGAACGAGUUCUUACGUUGGUGCCAGCAUUGUGACAGCGGUUGGCUUUUCCAAGGGCCUCUGGAUGGAGUGUGCUACACACAGCACAGGCAUCACCCAGUGUGAUAUCUACAGUACACUUCUAGGACUUCCUGCUGACAUCCAGGCUGCCCAGGCCAUGAUGGUGACAUCCAGCGCAAUGUCCUCACUGGCCUGCAUUAUCUCUGUGGUGGGCAUGAGAUGCACAGUGUUCUGCCAGGAUUCUCGAGCUAAGGACAGAGUGGCUGUAGUGGGUGGAGUUUUCUUCAUCCUUGGUGGCAUCCUGGGUUUUAUCCCAGUUGCCUGGAAUCUUCAUGGCAUCCUUCGGGACUUCUACUCACCACUGGUUCCUGACAGCAUGAAAUUUGAGAUCGGAGAGGCCCUUUACUUGGGCAUUAUUUCAGCCCUCUUCUCACUGGUAGCUGGAGUCAUCCUCUGCUUUUCCUGCUCGCCUCAGGGAAAUCGUACCAACUACUAUGAUGGCUACCAGGCCCAGCCUCUUACCACAAGGAGCUCUCCAAGGCCUGGGCAACAGCCCAAAGCCAAGAAUGAGUUCAACUCCUACAGCCUGACUGGGUACGUGUGA